AUGCCAUUCUCAUCGCGGACUGUUCAUCUCGACGAAACCGAUGAAGUGCGCACUUACAUUCCCCUCCCCCCGCAAACCGAACCACCUCACGAUCCGAACAAACCGUUUCUCUCAUCCAAACAAACGUCCCUGCGAGUCCCCGCGAUCUCGAUCGCGGUGCGAUGUCGCGUAGUACGGCCAUAACCUCUCCGUGUGGUCGUCGCUCGGGAUGGUUUCCGCGUGACGUCCGUUUUGGGACGAGGAGUGACGGCAUAACCGGAGCUUGAAAGCUCGAACGGUUACGUCAUUUAUGAUUAAUCACGCCGAUUGAUCUCUCAACAUUAUUUCACCGCAAUCGAUACUGCGGGCUCGUUUCAUGAGAUUCGUGCACACGACACAAGUUUUCCUUGGAUGUUUUUAUUGAGAGCUAACGUUUCCACAGAUGUUAUCAUGUGGCAAAGUCUAAUUAAACUGGGAAAAUAUUACUCUGGUAAUGUGUGACUCAGCAGAAUUACAUUUUGCCAGAAACAGCAAUUAAUAUUGACAGCAUUAUAGUACCCCCUGUCAAUCAUUCACAGUACAGUUUAUUUCUUCAUGUACUUUUUUUUAUCCCUCAUCUUUCUUCGACUCGUCCUCCCCCAGUCCCUCCCAGUUUCUCUUUCUCCAUAGGGCCAAAAAAUAUUCUUUCAGGUUGAAAGUUCGUUCGCUAUAGUUUCUAGUGCAGUAAAAAAAAAGUACGGUUUGUGGUUUAUCGGUACUUUCUUAGUUUGUGUUGUGUUCAAGUUGAAAAGUUCCAAAGUUCCGCGCGAGUAAACCUGACCGAAAAACAGUAUCGUAUCGCACAUGUGACGGCGGAAGUUCGGUUUGAGUAAAUAAAGUAUAACAGUUCUUGAUAAAAAGAAAAAGUCAGAGAAAAAGUUGUGCUAUCUAAAAAGUAUGUUCGACGCGUUAUGGAUCGCGCGCGUUGUGCCAUCAAGAGCGAGUACUGCACAGUCUCUAAUCGACACAGGCUGAUAGAGAUAGUUCAGCAUGUCCGAUUCUGGUUCAGAGAGUACUUCCUCGGAGGGUUAUGACGGAGAUAGAAAUCGUGUCACUACCACGGACGAUGUGACGUCGUCACGUUACUCGCACCACUCCUCAGGAUCCGGACGUAAGUCGCCCGCGAGCUCGAUCUCCUCCCCAGGGGUCAAGUCACCCGGCUCGAUAUUGUCCGGCCGAGACUCCAAGUCGCCGCGGUCCGCGUCAAUGUCACCCAAGUCUCCACGAUCCGGGCUGAUGUCUCCUAGCGAGGAAGCCUCGCCGAGGUCCGCGAGGUCACCGAGGCCGCCGAGAUCCCCGAGAUCGCCGCGAUCCCCGAGGUCGAUCCGUAGCUUGUCCAAGUCACCGCCGGCGUCGCCGAAAUCUUACCAUUCCGGGAAUAACUCUCUCGACUCGCCUCGAUCGGACCGCAGCUCGUCUCGCUCGCCUGUGCAGGACAACGGCUCGUGCCUCUCUCCGCCGAACGACUCCAAAUCUCUGCGCUUCGGCGAUGCCGAGUCGAAGGCCUCCGACUUCGAGGCCGACACGCAGAGAUCCGGCGACAACUCGCCCAAGUCGUACUCGUACAAGAACAGCGAGUCCAGACAGAGCACGCCCAAGUCGCCCAGAUCCGAUCCUAGCUCUGUCAAGUCCCUGAUGUCGCUGAGGAGCUCGCCGAAGUCCUACAAGUCCGGCCCGGCGUCCCCCAUGGACGAUCAGGAGUCGGACAAGCAUUCACCGGCGCAUUCGGGGCCUCGCUCACCCGAGGAAACGAAGAACGGCUCGUUUAACGAACUACUGGACGGCGAACAGAUCUCGGACGGGGAUAUCGAGGACGAGCCGGAGCCCGUAUCGAAGGCCAAGCCUGCGCCUAUGACUCACGGUGAGGACUUGUCGGACGUGUCGGAUCUUGAGAGCAUAGACGGCCUCGAGGAAUCCGGUAAGCAGAAUGCGGAGGAGGACCAAACCGAGAAGCCGGAUAACAAGCAACCGAGCAAGAAUGACGAGGAGAGCGUGGAAAAGGAGGACAAAAUUGCCCCGGUUGGCUUGGCGGAGGAGAGCGAACAGUUGGAUUUUGAAGCCGACGGCCAAUGGAAAGACGAACGUGACGAAGGUGAGGCCGAAACGCCGAGUGGGAAAGACGCUAAAGAGAACGCGGACAAAGACAAUAAAGAUAAAGACAAGGACAGGGAGAAGGCGAAGUCGAAAGAGUCAGGUGAGAUAAAUGACAAGGAAGAGGGAGAGGACGACGGGGAGAAAGAGGAAUCCGAGUUGGAGGAAGGCGAGCUCAGCGACGGGGACGAUGCACGGCCGGAGGAGACCGAACCGAGGCCCGUGUGUCGUUUCUACAAUCGUGGCCAGUGCACGUGGGGUGUCAGCUGUAGAUUCCUGCAUCCCGGCGUGACAGACAAAGGUAAUUACACGAUGUUCGAUAUGAUAAGGCCCAUGGCGUAUCCACCACAUGCCGCUGCCGCGCCGCACGAAUAUCGAUCGCACAUCGAGAGACCGAGUAUGGCGCGUUCGUCGAUACCUGGUUACGGUGCCGCUGUUCAUACCCCCAAGGUGGAGGAGGUGCCGACGGAGUCCGCAUGGGAACGUGGACUGCGGCAUGCCAAGGAGAUGAUGCGCAAAGCCAACAAGCGGAAAGAAUCCGACAUGGAUUUCGAAGAGAAGAAAAUGAAUCUGAGUUUGGGGCAAGAUGAGCUCGACCGGGAAGCAGGGUAUUAUGUUAGAGCCGCCAGCCCCGAGCCGCCGGUUGAGAGAUGGCCACAACGGGAAGUCCCGCGUAGAGUGCCAUCUUCUAGACUCACUCCAGACAGGUAUAUCGAUGAACCCGAGGGAUAUUAUCCGCCGCCACCCGCGUCGUCGGAUUACUACAGGAGAGUUCAUUACAAGGAUCGUUCAGCUGAGUACAGGGAUCGUAUCGAUUACCACGCGAUUCCUCGUGGCACCCAUUCGGUUUCGCCACCGCCGCCGCCACCACCACCACCAUCACACAAUCGUGAUCGCGAGCGGGAACGAGAACGUGAACAACGCGACAGGGAGCGUGACUAUUACGAAAAGUACGAGAAGAAGCACAAACGGCCGUCGCGUGAGGUCAUCGUGGAACGCAUACCACCGACGAAACCUUGGCGAGAAGAGGAGCCGCCUCCUGUCGAGAUUCGAGCCCGAGGCGACGAGUGGGCCGAUCCAUGGAUGCGGCGCAAAUCCCCGAGCGCCGUCCGCCGUAAUACAUCGUCGCGACGACCACGCCGGCAGUCUUAUUCUUCGGGCUCGUCGUAUUCGUCAACUAGGUCCCGUUCACCACCAUCCCCUCCUUCUAGAACUCGAGCUGGCAAAGGAAAGACAGCCGCGAGUUCGCCGCCCUCGAAUCCUCCUGCUGUUGCCGCGGCUCCACCUCAACGAGGUGCCAUGUUAAUGAAUCCUCCUGCUCCAUCACCUCGCCCACCCAAGGGUUCUAUCUCCCCUACAACGGGUACGCUGCAUCGACGGGCCGGCUUGAAUCCACCAGCACCGAGCCCACUCUCGUCCCAUCGUCAUCAUGAAAAAGCCAGGGACAAGGCGGCCAUUGCUGCGGCCGCUGUAGCGAAGAUCAUUAAGAGUCGCUCGAGAUCUAGAUCAUCCCAUAGUAGCUCAGGCUCUGAGAGCAGCGGGAGCAGCAGCGACUCGAGCGAAUCGAGCUACUCGUCAUCGUCCAGCGAGACCCGCCGGAGGAAAGGCUCGACGCCGCCGAUAACACGCAAAGAUUCCAAGAGCAUGGACGCUCUGAAGCUGGGCGGCGCUAAGCAGCAGAUCAAGCUCACGCUGAAGCCGGCGAGCAACGCCAGUGCGGUGAAGAAGAUCGACCGUAGCGCGCUGAUGGCCGGCAAAAAGCGAGGGCUCGACUCACCACCGUUGAUCGACAGCAAGGCGAGUGUAGCCGCGGCGGCUGCCAAGGCCGCGAAGAAGGCGAGCUCGCGGCGCGAAGAGUUGCUGAAGCAGCUCAAGGCCGUGGAGGACGCGAUCGCGCGUAAAAGAUCGAAGGUUUAGAGUGUUAACGGAAGAGUGUGCUGACGGCGUGGUGCGUUUCUUAAUACGCUGAUGAAUACGUACACAUGCGUAUUUCAAUGUUUUCUAGUUAUAUUCUGCAAUUAGCUCUUACGUCACGAUUACGCGCGAGGUAAGGAAGAAUGUGACACGCCCGUUGGAUUGAUGGGUACGUUACUGUUCACGAAUAUUCGCAACUGGCGAACCUGCCGUUCGCUUCUCAACGAGCCGCGAUUGAAGGAGAACGUCUCGCGAGAAAACGUGUAUACAGAAACGUCUUUCGUCAAUUUCGCGCGAUGGACCUGUAGAGGAAAAUAAAAUCUAUGUGUUAUUUUCUCUGUACUUGUUUUCUCGCGCGUUCGAGAACGUCUUCGGGAAGUAAGCGUUCGCGAUUGCUUCGACUAAUGGAGUUGAUGUUUACAAAAAUUGAAGAUAUUUCGGAAGGAAAUGAACAUUUUUUUUUCUUUUCACAACGUUAUGAAGAGCAUGGAAUGCCGUGAGAUUUUGUGCAUACAUAUCCGGAGUUCCUCGAAAUCGGCGAAGGGUUUUCGUAUUUCCUCGUCAGUGACUCGUCGUUAUGAAAUGAACGAACGUCGCGAACGACGAGGAGCAGGCAAUAGGCGGAAGUUGCGAAUAUUCAUUAUUAACUCUGGUAUACAUACAAAAAAAGGAAACAUGUUCCCAAACAAAACAAGAUUUUUAUAAUACAAGAAUUACAAUUGAAAGAUAUUUUUGUUUUUUUUAUCCUAAAUUUUUCUCUCUUCAGGUUGAACGUGUCACGAUCACGUGUAACACACGUACAGUCAUGCCGCGUUUUCAAUUUACAUGCGAGUUCAGUGACAGUCGAAGGAUUAUUUUUACGUGUAGUGUCGAUAAAGUCUAGAUCUACAAUAGGUGUAAAACCUUCAGCCUUUUGCUCUGAGCAGUAAAAUGUAACGUAAUUUCCGACAAAAGGUGAUCCCCGCGCUGCCAAAUCGUCGUAAUAACGUUUAAAUCUCUUAGGAAUUGCCACGUCUGCAUUGAAAAUGCUUCUUUGCUAGAAACUGCGUUACAAUUUAGUGCUUCGAGCAAGAAACUUGCUACAUCUAUCGUACCAACAUUGUAGUUAAGAUUGUCAAGGAACAAGAAGGAAUACGCGGUGAACGAUUUCUAGGAGUAUCACAGAGGCAGAUCUUUGUGUGUAUGUUUCGCAUAUAUGUAGUUUAUUUGAUUGAAUAUUCAUUAAUUGUACUUUGACACACAUGCGCAUAACUGUUGCAACCACAAUGCAAACUUUUGUGACGUGUUUUUCGGUGGAAAAGCUUGGUGAGAAAAAAAGUGAUAUCAAUCGUCGACGAUAGAUGUGAGCGGAAGUUUACUGUUGCACUACGAUGGUCGUACGCGUAUGUAUGAAAUGUAAGCUGACUCUCUGACGUUAUUUUUCGUGACGUAAAGCAGAAAAAGAAUCGACCUUGCCGAAGCGAUUGUAAAAAUGCGCCGUGAUGUUGCUAUCAUCUCCGAUCAGCGGGCGAGACAUUUUAAUUUGUAAUUAAAGUCUGAGAUAGGAAAAACAUGAAAUUUAUUAUUAACGAAUGUCGCGAAUUGCGCAUGUUUGUACUGCUCUAACGAUAGCCACACGUCUCUCCUUCGAGAUACAAAGAACAUUAUCAUUUUUUUUCUUCCCGGCUACACGCGAAAUUUCUCGUUUUCGAUGCACGAGAAGUCCUCGACAUGAUCAUCCGAUGACCAGUACGCGAUGUAUUAGACGAUCUUUUCUAGAUAAGCCUAGCGACGCGAGGGAACUGAUUUCAACGGAAAUAGUGUAUAGGCGAAUAUAUAAUCCUAAAACCGCAGAAAACUGUGCCACGCGCGAGAAAGAGAGGGAGGAUUUCGUAUUAACAGAAAACGUAUAUAUAUAUUUUGUACUUUCCUUCCGUGUAUAAAUAUAGUGUGACGAGAUGCGCUACGCUGAUUUCAUGCCAUGAGAGCACUACAUUAACUUAAGGGACGAACGCUUUGUUAACGACAGACUUUAUUAAAUAUAAGUUACAAAACAAAGUA